GCAGCAGCAGCCAGCCGCCUGAUUAUUGUACCCCUGCCUUUCUUUCUUCUUUCUCUCCUCUGAGCUCAACUUGGGAGGAAGGCGAGUGGAGCGGGGAACAGUUCUGUCGUGGGUUCCGACUUUCUCUCCUGGCUGCAACCUGUCGGUGCUGGGUCCAGUAAGUUGGCCAUUACAAAGCCGUGCUGUCGUCGUUCUUCUCCCUGCCACCAAAGACCAAGACUAAAAACUCGGGUCCUAGAGAAAACAAGGCUCAUUUUCAUCAGACUCUUAUUGGGAAUCACAACUAGCUUGCCAAUCAUACAUGCAAACUUGUGGUUUUGUGCGGAUGUUCAACAGGAGGCUUUGUGAGACACCAAAGCCAAGACUCCUUAUUGCUUUGCUACUCCAUGGAACAGUGUUUAAAAGGACGGGUAGAGAGCAGGAACACAAAUACUUCGUUCUCGUACCAACCAGACAAUCCAAUAAGUUUUCCACAACCUUUGAUUCGUUAUUAGAAUUGCCAGUCCUGUGAGAGCACAACUGUUCUCCAGCGAAUUCCAUUUCAUUUCAUCCAGCCCCACAAGGAACUUUCCAAUACAGCAAUACACAAAACGGAAUAAUUGAAUGGAAAGCAGAUUAGUGCGGUUUGGUCAUCCAAACCACAUCCAGAACAACUUUGGCGAAUACUUAAGAGAAAGUGAGUGAUGUGAUUUAGUCUGAUUGAACAUCGGUCAGUCUGGUCAAGAAGAGAUCAGGGAGAAUUCCGUGAUGGUGAUUUGUUACCGAUGGUUCUCGUGGUUGGUGCCGUUGGUGGUGUAGACGAACGCAAUCAGCCAUAUCGGAAAUCUUCAUCUCCAUCUUUAUAAACCCUUCUCCUGUCUCCGUUUGGGACUCCCCUCGCCAAAAUUGAAAACUUACUUACAUUGAAAUGUCACAUUAACAAUUUACAUGAAUAAUUUUCCGACGGGAUAAAUUAUUAUGUCUUUUGACUUUGGCAAAUAAACUACAGAGUUUCGAAUGGGACCUUCCAUUAAUUUAUAUGCAUUCACUCCCUCGACCUACCCUCCCUUGGGACAAUUUCAAUUUACCUGGCUUUGUGACAUGCCUCGUUGGAGUUGAAUCAUUUGAAAUGCAAUUGAGACAGCGUGCCCACUUAUCCUUGUGAUCUGAUCUUUUGCUAAAGUCAUUUCUCUUUUGUGUUAUUUUUGCCACUGAUAAAACUCUCUUACCCGACAACUUGACACUGACAGUUAAUCUCUCUUCCUCCCGUAAAAUAUUGAAACUGCCAACCACAAUCAGUGAGAAGCCGUGUGCUCUGUAUGGGUUUUUAGUUACAUUUAUACGCGGUGUGUAUGUAUACUGGUUGGUUGGGUGGGUGGAAAGCAAGGUCAGCUACUUACUACGCUACAACCAACCAACCAACACGACACAAGUAGAGGAGAACAAUGACAUGUUUCAGUGAAAACUGAAAACAAAUUGAACAGCAAGCAGAAAGAGGCCUCACGUACACAGCUUCCGGAAGGAAACGUCGUCCAACAUGAGUAUGGAUAACCAAUUCUCUCCUGGAACAGCCCUCGAUCCGACGGCAACCGUCGAGGUUUCAAUUUCCUGCAGAGAUCUGCUGGAUUUGGACGUUUUUUCUCGCUCAGACCCAAUGGCAGUAGUUUAUCAUCAGCCAAUGGGGGGUACCACUUCCCAGUGGGUCGAGUUUCAACGGACGGAGGUCAUUUUCGACUGCCUGAAUCCGGAUUUCGUCACCAAGGUGCAAAUCGACUACCACUUUGAGGAGGAACAAGCCCUUAGAUUUGAAGUGUACGACAUUGACAACCCGUCCGCAAGUUUAGACUUGCACGACUUCAUCGGCUACGCGGAGUGCACUCUUGGGCAGAUCGUGGCGGCAGGUUACAACGGACUGAGCCAGCCUCUGAUACAAAAGAAGACUCGGUAUAAUCCUCACAAAGUUCCUAAGCAGCCUCCGAAGCAGUCCAAUGGGAAAAUCGUCCUGGUGGCUGAAGAGCUCGUCCAAUUCAAGGAAGAGGUGACAUUGACUCUGAAAGGUCACGCCAUGGGAAGCUCUCGAUGCUGUAUUCUCACUCCAUCCGUUUUCUACACGCUGUCGAAGGCGACAGAGGCGGGCUCCUUCACGGUCGUCUAUAGGAGCGAAGUCUCUGAAGGAGAAAAUCCUAUUUGGUCACCAAUGACAAUCUCAAUUCGCAGUCUUUGUAACGGUGAUAAAGAUCGAGGAGUUCAGUUCCAGUUCUGUCGAGUGGGAUUUAAUGGAUAUCACACCACCAUCGGAUUUGUUUACACAACAUUCAAUAAGAUGAAGGCGCUGGCUGAGAGACAGGGAAUCAAACUUGUGGGCAAGAACGGCACCGAGAAAGCUAAAGCCACGUUGGAAAUCCUCCCAUUGGACAUCUCCCCAAUUUACACUUUCUUUGAGUACAUUGGAGGUGGGACUCAAAUCCACUGCUGCUUCGCGAUUGAUUACACCGCUUCAAAUGGUGAUCCAGCAGAUCCCAGUUCCCUGCACCAUAUUUCACAAGUCGCAGAUAAAACCAAUCCCUACGAGCAGGCGAUUCAAGCAGUGGGGGAAAUCAUGCAGGAUUAUGAUCCUUCGAAAAUGUUUCCCGUCUACGGUUUCGGAGCAAGAAUUCCCCCGACCGGGGAAGUAUCCAACAAUUUUGCCGUCACUCUCGAGGAUUCUCCGUACUGCAAGGGAAUCGACGGGGUUUUAGACGCCUACAGAAAUUGUAUUCGACAAGUCCAGCUAUACGGGCCGACAAAUUUUGCUCCAAUAAUAAAAAAUGUGGCGGCUCUUGCCAAGCAGGACCUGGAAGGAGGCUCAUACUACGUGUUACUCAUAAUAACAGAUGGUAUCAUAACCGACAUGAAAGAAACAACCGAGGCAAUCGUGGAAGCCUCGCGAUUUCCGUUGUCAAUAAUCAUUGUGGGCGUCGGGUCGGCCAACUUUCAGCAAAUGGAUAUUUUGGACGGAGACAUCGUCAGGUUGUCUGCAAACGGUGUUUUUGCUGAGAGAGACAUCGUGCAAUUCGUUCCUUAUCGAGAUCAUCACUCUUGGAUGGCAACUAUUUGUCCUGAAAUUGCUGGGAAAUGGUCGAGCAGCUUUGACAUCACAAGACGUCUGGCCAAAGUAAAGUUAGCACAGGAAGUUUUGGCAGAAAUACCAGACCAAUUAACUGGUUUCAUGAAAAGUCGUAACAUAAUUCCAAAAAAGCGACAACCGAGUGCGACGACAUCGUCCCCAAUAAAGUCGCCCACAUCCCAAACGUCUCCCGUUCCAUCCACCUCCAAUGGCAAUGCAAGUAUUUCCUCAAAGCCAAAUACAGCCAAGAAUUCUUUGUAGCCAAGCGAGAAGGAGAAAGAAGACGACGACUGAGAGCUAGAGCUUGAGGCAUUUUCCAACUUUUUGGAAUCUCUAAAUUUCCCUGCAGGCAGCUCCUGUGUUAUAUUUUACUACGCGAUUUCUUUCUCCGCCGAGUCGAUCGCCAUAACGCACACAUCCAGCCACCCGUGUGUAAUUCCACUCCUCAGUCGACUGAUUUCUCCAAAUUAGACUUUUCCUUGAUUAAGAAAUCUAGAAAUUAGACGGGUCACAGCACUUCUCCAAUUGCCCCAAUCACUCCUCGUACCGUGCAUGAAUCCAUAUAUACGUCACGUCUCUAGAGAUAAAGAAGGAUUGGGUGCAGUACUUCACUGCAGUAAUAUUACCCUAAUUACCUAAGUAGCAUAAUACAUGUGCAAAAAACGAGUAAUUAUUGUUUUCACCACGACAAUCAAACCAAAGCCGACUCCUCUGCACGGGCUGCUGGAGUGGUUGCGAAGAGUGAGUGAAAGUCAGAGUGGGAGGUGAUGAUUCGUACCAAGAACGCUUACUGGGAGCCGUGUGAGAGACAGAGAUAUUUAUACACAAGAGUUCACAACAGUUCAAAUACGUUGAGAAGCAAUACUUGACUAGGAAAACAGAAAAUUUAUUUUACAGCGACGCCACGACGAUGAUGGGUAUGCGUGUAAAAUGUAUAUUAUUUAGAAUAAAGCUUACUGUGAUGUUACAAACCUGUAAUUGAGAUCUAAACAUGUAGAGAAACUCAAAUUACAUUGUGAGAACAAUUACGUCUCUUCGUAGAGUAUAAGGGAAACCUAUGUGUCAACUAAAUGGAAAUAUGAGGACAUUGUUAGUUGUUAAAUUGCACGAGUAUAUAAAGAGAACUCCACUUUGCACUCAAUAAAAUGUCUACAAAAUUUA